CAUCCCUCAUCUUUCUCACCUCUCACAACUACAAACUUUCCAACAAUCAUAUCUGAUUCUCUCUCUACAGUCUCUUCUGUGGUAUCUCCUGAUGAACUGUCAACUGUUCCAGCUACUGGAAAUGCAACACAAAACUUUACUACUCCAGAAAGACCAUCUCCUUCUUCUUCUGUGACUCUCACAACCCCUACAACUCAUGUGUCCCCAUCUAUUAUCUAUACAUUGUUGUCCACUCACUUUACCAAGAGUGCUUCGACACCAACAUUAGGCGUCAUUACUACAGGUAGUACACAUUUUACGCCAACAAACCACACCAUACAUACACCUACCACAGUAGUUAUUUCAACCGGAUUACAAACCAUGACCCUGACAUCAACCCCUUCAAGUACUACCAAUACACCUACAACAGAUACAGUCACAACAGUGUCAGAUACCACCAAAGUGUCAACUGUUCUUCCUCACACCAUUACUUCAUCAACCGUGGCAUCUACAACAACAUCCCUGAGGACACCUGUGGCUUCUGUGACACCAACAACAAGUACAACUGUUCUUAAUCACACAACUCUGGCGACCAUGCAGAGUACAUCUACAAUGCCUUCUAUAUUCGAGUGCAAGCUAUCCACCAAAACUAUGGUGAAAACUGUUCUUACCUUGAGUAAUCAGUCACUUACCGCAUCAAAAGAGGCCAUUGUGCAGAAAUUUGAAGAAUUUCUCAAUCGCACCCUCUACCAAGCUGUAAACCAGUCCAUCCAAAUAUUUGUGAAUAGAACUUCAUUAAAUUUGGCGAGCCAGCCGGGUAAUGUGACAGUGGGAUAUUCGGUGGCAGUCAAUGCUUCAGUGUACAUCCCAUCAGCCAUUGUGGAGGUUCUUACAGGCAAAGACGUCUUCAGCAUUUCUGAGCUCAAGGUUCUUAUUCCAGUUCUGCAGUCUGUGCCGAUAAUAGCUGAAACUUGGGAACCUGAACCUGAUAUCAGCUAUAGGGUAAAAACAGUACUGAAGCUGAUGGGAACAGGCCCUAAUGUCCAUACCUGCGUGUACGUCCAAAACAUGGAACAAAGGCUGCAGACGGCGUAUGAGAGGGCAGAACUGACCAGUACUGGGGUGAGCAGGAGCAACCUUCCAGUUCAGAUUUUGAGCACAUCCAAAGAUACCCACAGUCUGACCCUGAUCUAUGUCGUGAAGAAUAAUAGUGUUCCAUUGAAUGGUACAACGGCCAGCAGCCUGCUCAAUGUCCUGUCCGGAGAAGUGGUCGGAUACUAUCUGGGAGACCCUCCCUCCAUUAUUGCAGAACCUCUGUACUAUCCAAACAUUGAUACGUCUGGUGCCACGAUGAACUACUGGGUGUACACAGUGAUACAAGGGGUUGACAGCCAGUUAUUGGGAGCCAAAAACCAAAGCUUUGCACAACAGAUGGAAGGGAGAUUGGCCACACUGUUUCAGAUCUCCAGCCAACAAUCGAGGAGAUUUAGAAGGGCGACCACGGUGGGAAGCUACACAGUUCAGAUGGUGAAGAUGCAGCGUUUGGAUGGUCCUAAUAACCUGGCAGAACUGACUUACUAUGCUUUGAAAGACGGGCAGCCACUACUAGGCACAGUUUCUGCCAAACAAUUGAGUACCAUCGACCCUCAGACCAUGGCCCUGACCCUUGGAUAUAUCGUCAGAGUACAAGCUAAUUCUGUUGUGCAAAAACCACCAAACAAUCUGUGGAUAAUUGCGGCAGUCUUGGCUCCUAUAGCCGUAGUCACGGUCAUCAUUAUUAUCAUCACUGCUGUCCUCUGCCGAAAGAACAAAAGUGACUUCAAGUCAGACAACAUCAGCAACCUUCCUCCCAGGACCAAGCCGGUGCAAGGUUUUGAUUACGCGAAGCAGCAUCUUGGACAGCAAGGAGGAGAUGAGGAGAUGCUCCCCGUUACCCAAGAGACUGUUGUGCCAUCACUCAACUUGUCCCAAGAAAGAGACAGCACAAAGGAUGGCAGCACGGAGAAGAUGCUCAAGUCUUCAGAUAACAGAAAGAGCCGGUCGCCUUGUGAGAAUGGUUCCGUCAUCAGCAACGAAUCGGAGGAGGCCAGUUCAGACAGGAGCACGCCGCAGAAAGUAUUGGCUCAGCACAGAGUGACAAAGGACGAGGCUUGCAAGCGGAACGGUGUACCUAAACUAAAAAGAAACAAAAAAAUUGUGCCUAUAUGCGGUGAAGAGGAGGGGAACAUUCACUAUGACAAAAAUAAAAUGUUGUCCGACCCGUUUGACUCAUCUUCUGGCUCUGUGCAACUUAUUGCAAUCAAACCAGUGUCUCUCCCGCCCGCUCUUACCUUAUCGGAACGAAAUCAGGAGAUGUCCAUCAUUAAUGGAGAGGUUAAUAAAGCACUUAAACAGAAAUCGGACAUCGAACACUAUCGCAACAAACUACGUCUAAAAGCGAAGAGGAAGGGCUACUAUGAUUUCCCUCCCAUAGAAAGCAAGUCACUCAAUGACAGGAAGAGAAAGGUCUAUGAAAAAACUCAGAUUGAGAUCGACAACGCGCUGGAUGCCGGAACAGAUACCUCCUCUCCAUUUGCGGAGCCUAAGAACAGGCAAACCUCCAUGAAGAACCAUCCAUAUAGAAGUCGACAAUCUCUUAAUAGCCCAAGCCCAGGAGAAACUGAAAUGGAUCUUCUUGUCACUCGGGAAAGACCAAGACGUGGAAUAAGGAACAGUGGUUAUGAUACGGAACCUGAAGUCAUUGAAGAAACAAAUAUCGAUAGGAUAAAGCAAGCAAGAACGUAUAUCAAACCUCGUCAAGCUAAAGGCCAUUCGGAGACAUCCACCCUGAGCUCCCAGCCAUCUAUUGAUGAAGUGCGGCAGCAGAUGCACUUGUUGCUGGAGGAAGCUUUUAGCUUGGCAUCCGCAGGGCAUGGUGGAGCCAAACGGCAAGCGGAUCCCUAUGCCUCCGUUCAGCAUAUGCCAUAUUCAGAAGUUGUCACCAGUGCCCCUGGCACAAUGUCACGGCCUCGCAUGCAGUGGGUACCGACUUAUGGGCCAGAGGUAUAUCAGUACAGUCUGCCCAGACCAAAUUACCGAUUUUCUCAACUACCUGAAAUGGUCGUAGGUUCUCCGCCACCACCGGUACCCCCCCGGACAGGUCCUGUUGCUGUCCCUUCUCUAAGGAGGUCUACAUCAGAUAUGGCAAACAAGAACAGGGUGCCAGAGCCUGGUGGAAAUGACCCAGGUCCAGGUGAGCAUGGGAGGUUUCCAGCCGUUUCAAGGGUGCCAGUCCCUGUGGCCCAAACAAAUCAGUCGGUAUCAAAUUAUUCAGGUAACUCAUUGCCUGCUGUAUUCGCCAUACCAGGGAACAGGGCUGGAUACUCCGGUUAUUACAUUCCACAACCACCAGCUUCCUACCGGAACCAGUCCUGGAUGUCGUACUCAGGAGAGAAUGAUUUGCCGGGACAGUGGGCAGACUCGGUUCCACUUCCAGGAUACAUUGAAGCGUAUCCCAGGUCAAGAUACCCACAGAACUCUCCUUCUCGACUUCCCAGGCAGUUUGGCCAGCCAGUGAAUUUACAUCCAAGCCUAGACCAUGCUACUGGACCAUCUAUUGGAGCUUCUCAACAAAGUCUAGCAGACACUGACACUCCGGACGCCUCCAUCACAAAUCUAUCCACAGCCGCACUGGUUAAAGCCAUAAGAGAAGAAGUUGCUAAACUGGCCAAAAAACAGACAGACAUGUUUGAGUUCCAGGUGUGAGGACUCCAUGACUUCAUCUCAUGUGCUUCAUUGCACCAAAUGCUUUGCUGUUAAGUUAUGGUAACAGUGCCUAAAUGAAUAAGAACCUACAAGGGAUUUUAUGAUAUUUUUAUUCAAAUGGAUAAAGCCGAAUGACGUUUGGUUACUAAACUUUGAUUUUUAUUUAUAUAUGUAAAUUAUUAAAUCAUUUUUCUAUUGACCUCAAGACCAAACUGAUGAAUUACUUUUUGUUAUGUUGGUAAAAUAUAUCAGUAUUACUCGCAAUCAAACCUUCGGCCAUGUCAGUGUGGAUUAGUCAAGACAGGAAGGGCAACUGUGUAGUUGGCUACAGAUGAGUUGCUCCCAUUGUUUACACUUCUGAGCAACCCAUUUGGGCCGGACUAUAUACCAGUAAUGGUGACUGACUCUGCUCUGCUCUAAAGAUCCUGCUGUGCAACAGUCCUCCCAUGUCUUAACAGUCCCUGCUACUGAUGAUGGUGUUUAUUGUGCUGUUGCCGAUGCAUCAUUGAUAGACGCACGGUUUUACAGUGCUGAUGUGUAGUUAUUCCGACACACACAGCAAUGAAUAUACUAUAAUAUAAAGCAACUAUAAAAUAUAUCUGUCCAGUGAUGUUUACCG